AAAAAAGGGGAAAAAAAAAGGUUUUCCUUUCUGUGAAGGAGUAAGUAAGAAUCCAAGAUGAUGCCGACGGAGCAGCAGCCGCAGCCACAGCCACUGAACCAGUUAAUGGCCCAAAAUUCCGGCAACCUCAGCUUUAGCAGCCAUCUCUCCAAGGAAGAUGAGGAGAUCUCAAGGUCUGCUCUUUCUACCUUUAAAGCCAAGGAAGAGGAGAUUGAAAAGAAGAAGUUGGAGGUCAGAGACAAGGUUCAGCUUCAGUUGGGCCGCUUCGAGGAGGAAACGAAGCGGUUGGCCAUGAUUCGUGAGGAGCUUGAAGGACUUUCAGAUCCCCUGAGGAAAGAGGUUUCGCUGGUUCGGAAGAAGAUCGAUGCAAUAAACAAAGAAUUGAAGCCACUAGGGCAUACCUGCCAGAAAAAGGAAAGGGAAUACAAAGAAGCCCUGGAUGCGUUUAAUGAAAAGAACAAGGAAAAAGUACAACUAAUCACCAAAUUAAUGGAGCUGGUGGGUGAAAGUGAGAAGUUGAGGAUGAAGAAGCUGGAGGAGCUGAGUAAGUGCGUAGAUUCCGUACAAUGAAAUAGGGUUCUAGUGCCAAAAUUAACUGGUUAGGUUUGUGUGAUGUAUCUAAUGUGACUAAUAAUUAUAUGUGGUUCUUACUGUUUUUGAGUUUGUUGUAUUUGUAUGUUAUGUUGGUUUCUUCCAUUAGCAUUUGAUGAAACAUUCAGCUAAUUUAGGGAGAGAAAAUACGGUAUAAACAGGUUUGUAACUAAACGAAUCCUGCCUGCAUUUUCUUCGCAUUUCACUUAUCUUCAAGAUUGUAAUUUCUUCUAUCUAAUUAUUCUUUCAAGUUUCGUGCAAUUUAAAAAAUGCCUUGGAACUGC